AUGAUCCGAAACGUGGACAUCUCAAAAGCUGUAGACGAAUGUAAACGAUAUGGCGCUACAAUAGCGUCGGCGGUAAAUGCGGACGAAAAUAAGGAUAUUCUUGAAUUCGCAAUCAUGUCUCAGGUGCAAAAGAAUGAGGCACUCUUUUUGGGAGCGAAAAAGGUUACCACUACCACCACCACAACCACCAAGGCUACCACCACCACCGUACUGAAAGUGUGCGGCUAUGGGUGGUCGGUCGGGCCGCAUGGAUGCUAUAAAUAUGACGGUACGCUAGGCAGCUACGACAAUCGUUUGGCAUACUGUCGUGGUUUGAACAGUUAUCCGACUUCCGUCAUUGACAGCGAGGAAAAUCGAUUUGUUACUGACUUGGCACGCCGCGGCGGGGCCCCCCUUACAUUUCUGGACCGGCGCCUACCUGUC